CGCCUGCAGAGCCGGGCUGCUGGUGCAGCAUCGGCGGAGGCAGUGGGUGUUGCUGCAUCCGGACCUUGUGCCUCUGAGCUUACGCCUGGUCUCUAGGUGGGGAGACGGGACGUAGCCAGGCCGGGACUGUGGGGGUGCGCAGCGCCCGCUGGGGCUUAGGGGGAGAUACAGGCUGCGGCCUGUCAGACCCAGUCAGGGAGGUGCCCACACUCUUGACAGAAUAAGAUGGCGGCGAUGGCGCCUGGAGGUAGUGGCAGUGGCGGCGGCGGCGUGAAUCCGUUCCUCAGUGAUUCGGACGAGGACGACGACGAGGUAUCGACGACCGAGGAGCGGCGGGCAGGACUUCGGCUGGGUUCCGCGGGCGGCCUAGAUCCUGGCUCUGCAGACUCGCUAUCGCCCCAGGAUCCCGUGGCCUUAGGGAGCAGUGCACGGCCAGGGCUCCCUGGGGAGGCGGCGGCGGCGGCGGCGGUGGCACUGGGGGGCAGCGGGGAGACCCCGGCCCGAUUGUCAAUUGAUGCGAUCGCGGCUCAGCUGUUGCGCGAUCAAUACUUGCUGACCGCCCUGGAGCUGCACACGGAGCUGUUAGAGAGCGGCCGUGAGCUGCCUCGGCUGCGCGACUACUUCUCCAAUCCGGGCAACUUCGAGAGACAGAGUGGGACCCCUCCGGGGAUGGGGGCGCCGGGGAUCCCUGGAGCUGUUGGCUUCGGAGGCGCAGGAGGUCGAGAGCCGAGUACGACGUCGGGCGGGGGACAGCUCAAUCGUGCUGGGAGCAUCAGUACCCUUGAUUCUUUAGACUUUGCAAGAUACUCAGAUGAUGGGAACAGGGAAACGGAUGAGAGAGUGGCAGUCCUGGAGUUUGAACUACGGAAAGCCAAGGAGACCAUUCAGGCCCUCCGAGCCAACCUGACAAAGGCUGCAGAACAUGAAGUUCCUUUACAGGAACGAAAAAAUUACAAAUCAAGUCCUGAAAUUCAGGAGCCAAUCAAACCUCUUGAAAAGAGAGCUCUAAACUUCUUAGUCAAUGAAUUUUUAUUGAAGAAUAACUACAAGCUUACAUCAAUAACUUUUUCAGAUGAAAAUGAUGAUCAGGAUUUUGAAUUAUGGGAUGAUGUAGGAUUAAAUAUUCCGAAACCUCCAGACUUAUUGCAACUUUACCGAGAUUUUGGAAAUCACCAGGUCACUGGAAAAGACCUUGUGGAUGUGGCCAGUGGGGUGGAAGAAGGUGAUUUGGAGGUUCUUGCACCCGUUUCAGGCAGCCUUCCUCCAACUCUUGAAACUCCUCAGACUUUAGAGAACUCCUUGCUAGUACAGAAAUUAGAAGAUAAAAUUAGUUUAUUAAAUAGUGAGAAAUGGUCUUUGAUGGAACAAAUCAGAAGACUUGAAAGUGAAAUGGACUUUCUCAAAAGCGAACACUUUGCCAUCCCAGUAGUGUGUGACUCUGUUCAACCUCCUUUGGAUCAGUCUCUUCACAAAGACUCUGAAGACAGUGGCCAGAAUCCAGUUGUAAAUAGUUCAGACGAGGGAAAAAACAAGGAUAUCCAUCUUUCAAAAUCAGAUGAAGUUGAUUCCACUUUUCCUAAAGAGAACGUCCCAAACUCUUUACCCAGAAGAGAAAGAGAAGCAGUGCCAUCUCCUUCUCCAUCAAGUAAAAACACAGUCCCUUUUGAUAAACCCAAUAGGAAAUUGUCUCCUGCUUUCCACCAAGCACUACUCUCUUUUUGUCGGAUGUCAGCAGACAGUCGUUUAGGAUCAGAGGUAUACCUGAUAUUCUUGAAGGAGUUGAUCCCCCUCAUACUGUGUACAGCAUGCCUGCACCCUGAGCCGAAAGAGAGAGAUCAGCUUCUCCACAUCCUUUUCAAUUUAAUCAAGAGGCCAGAUGAUGAGCAAAGGCAGAUGAUCCUGACAGGUUGCGUGGCGUUUGCACGUCAUGUCGGACCGACGCGUGUAGAAGCUGAACUUCUACCACAGUGUUGGGAGCAGUUUCAGAAAGAAAUUCGUAGCUCCUUGGUUCUUUCAAUGUUGCAACAGAUGCUAAUGGAAGAUAAGGCGGAUUUGGUAAGAGAAGCUGUGAUCAAAAGCCUGGGUAUCAUUAUGGGAUACAUUGAUGAUCCAGACAAAUAUCAACAGGGUUUUGAAUUGUUGCUGUCAUCCUUGGGUGAUCCCUCAGAAAGAGUAGUUAGUGCAACGCAUCAAGUAUUUUUACCAGCUUAUGCUGCCUGGACUACAGAACUUGGAAAUUUACAGUCUCAUCUUAUACCUACAUUGCUGAACAAAAUUGAAAAACUUCUCAGGGAAGGAGAGCACGGACUGGAUGAGCACAAGCUCCACAUGUAUCUUUCCGCCUUGCAGUCCUUGAUCCCAUCUCUUUUUGCGUUAGUGCUGCAGAACGCACCUUUCUCCAGCAAAGCCAAGCUUCACGGUGAAGUGCCACAGAUAGAAGUGACGAGGUUCCCUCGGCCUAUGUCACCCCUUCAAGAUGUGUCUACUAUUAUUGGGAGUCGUGAGCAACUGGCAGUGCUACUACAACUCUAUGAUUACCAGCUGGAACACGAGGGUACAACAGGCUGGGAGAGUUUACUGUGGGUUGUCAAUCAAUUGUUGCCACAACUUAUAGAAAUAGUUGGCAAAAUUAAUGUUACCUCAACUGCCUGUGUCCAUGAGUUCUCCAGAUUUUUCUGGCGCCUUUGCCGGACAUUUGGCAAAAUUUUUACAAACACUAAGGUAAAACCUCAGUUCCAGGAGAUUUUAAGACUAUCUGAAGAAAACAUUGAUUCCUCAGCAAGAAAUGGGGUCCUCACUAAAGCCACCGUCCCCAUUUAUGCAACAGGAGUUCUUACGUGUUAUAUUCAGGAAGAAGACCGAAAACUGUUAGUUGGGUUCUUAGAAGAUGUAAUGACCCUGCUUUCAUUAUCUCAUGCUCCUCUUGACAGCCUGAAGGCUUCUUUUGUGGAACUGGGUGCAAAUCCAGCCUACCAUGAGCUGUUGCUGACUGUUCUGUGGUAUGGGGUUGUCCACACUUCGGCGCUUGUGAGGUGCACUGCUGCUAGAAUGUUUGAGCUGACUCUUCGAGGCAUGAGCGAAGCAUUAGUUGACAAGCGGGUUGCUCCGGCCCUUGUCACCUUGUCCAGUGAUCCUGAAUUCUCUGUCAGGAUUGCCACAAUUCCAGCCUUUGGCACUAUUAUGGAAACAGUUAUUCAAAGAGAGUUGCUGGAAAGAGUGAAAAUGCAGUUGGCUUCUUUCCUGGAAGAUCCUCAGUAUCAGGACCAAUAUGCUUUGCAUACAGAGAUCAUAAAAACGUUUGGUAGAGUUGGGCCUAAUGCAGAACCAAGGUUCCGAGAUGAAUUUGUUAUACCACAUUUGCACAAGUUAGCCUUGGUGAACAACUUACAAAUUGUGGAUUCUAAAAGACUGGACAUCGCUACCCAUCUUUUUGAAGCCUACAGUGCACUUUCCUGUUGUUUCAUUUCAGAAGAUUUAAUGGUUAAUCACUUUUUACCUGGCCUCCGAUGUUUGCGGAUUGACAUGGAGCACCUUUCUCCAGAGCAUGAGGUUAUUUUAAGUUCCAUGAUAAAAGAAUGUGAACAAAAAGUAGAGAACAAGACUGUCCAAGAGCCUCAAGGCUCAAUGUCCAUUGCUGCAAGCUUAGUGAGUGAAGAUACGAAGACCAAGUUUUUGAACAAAAUGGGCCAGUUGACAACGUCAGGUGCCAUGCUGGCCAAUGUGUUUCAGAGAAAGAAGUAAAGGCAGGAAGGAAGCCCCCAGCAAACAUACGGUGGACCUCAAGCAGACUGGUUCCUUGUACUUGAAGUACUUGCCUUUUUAUUUCUUUGUUUUACGUUCUUGCAUUAUAAUUUUAUCCUAACCUCCAAAGAUGUUUGCACUCUUUUGAUUAUUGCUGUAUAUCUGUUCAUUUUGGAGUUACAACUGUGGUGAUAGAAAAUUGAGUUGAUAGUCUGUACCAAGCCCCUCUUAUAUGUUCCUGUCUUUCGGAAUAAUUUUUUAAUAUAUAUAUAUAUAGUGAAGAGUUUUGUUUUUGUUUUUUUAAUUUUUGGAUGGGAUAUUAGCAAAUAUCUGUAUUAUACACUAAGCUAUUACAAUGGUACUUAAAAUAAUGUAAAUUUGAAGUCAUUGUUAUAAAGUAAUAAAAGUGGAGAUUACUUAAUAUUUAAAUUAUGAAAGAAUAAUGCAGACUUUGUAUUGUUUCUUAACUGACUAGAAAGAGCCACCAGCAUUACUCUGUGCCUUUUGGACUUUAGUUUGUGUGUCUGUAGGAACGAUGUGCAUUCCAUUCACGCAGUAUUUAUAAUGCUGUGCUGAAUCUGAAUUACAAAUCCUACAGUAAGUAAAUAAUAAUGAAACUUUCAACAUUUCAGAGCUCUCAUGAAUAUUCUUUAAGUGCUAUUUAAACCUCCCCAGCACUGACAUGCGUAUAAUGGACUUACCUGAGGAAAGACAGCACAUAGCACGGGGAGCAAUAACCAAGGUGGAUUUUACAAACUGGUGUGUAGUAGAUUUAAAUAUUCAAAAAUAAGUGUAAGUGAGAAGAGCUUAUAAUUGUGAAAUUUCUUCCCCAAUUGAAACACAGAAGAAAAUACAGUUCGAAUCUGAAAUUUAACACUUAUUUAUGUAAAACAUUUUAUUUAAGGUAUUUUGUAAUGAUUUUAAUUUCAGAGAGUAUCUUUGCAUUCUGCGUGUUAUAGAGAAGUACUGAAAAGUUAAGGACAUUUGGGGGCUGCUUUUUCCCUCUGACGUGAAAAUGACAUUGACUCUUUUAUUGUUGGGUAGUUAACACCUUGUUCCUUAAAGUCAGUGGCCAUUCUUGUGUUUGGCAUGUGUCACAUAAUCUUAAGUCGGUCCACUGGAUUUGAGAGUUGAAGUAGAAAAGAGUGGUGCUGGAUGUAGAAGGGGGAUGAUUGGUUUGAGGGGUUAAUGUGAGGCCUUUUUGAAAAAUGAGUAUUUUAAUAAAAAGAAUUCUCAUCUGAGCACAGUUGAUGCACAUAGGAGAUUCUCAUGUUUGUUGUAUAAACUGCUUUGAUACACUGGGAACAUAGUUACUCUUCCUGGGAAAGCUACCUUACCACACUCUCAAGCUUAUAAAAUGAGUUGCCAUAGGCAAAUCCAUUUUUAAAGUUUAUUCUGACAUUAUUUCUUUUACCUACAGUGAAAUAAUUGUUAACUAGUCCUUCUGGAAACUGUUGGAUUCUAGGCAUUCCUGAGAAAUUGAAAGUGGCUACCUUUCAUGUCAAAAAUGCUGAUCUAUUAUAAAUAAAAUGUUUUUGCAUA